UGGUACGGACGUGUCGCUGUGCGUGUGUGUAUUCGACAUUUGGCUGAGAAAAUACUUAAUUAUACAAUAAAAAUUGUUGUUGAAUACACAACAAAUUGCAAUAAUCAUAGAAGUGCAGUGUGCCGUCGGCGAAUCGCGAUUACUUUAAUCCCAAUUAGUUAAAUUACCACUAGAGUUAAAUAAUUUAACAACAACAACGAAGCAUAGUUAUAAAUUAAAGUGAAUAAAAGUGCAAGCCAGAGUGCAUGGGUGUGUGUCUCUACAUAAAUUCUACAUACAUACAUAUGUACAUAAAUAUAAAACCAACCAACUGCUGUGGAUCUUUGUCGUCGUCUUAUAUUUGCAUGUCUUCCUCAUCCAACAACAACAACACAUCCACGUUGUGUCGUGGCGCGUUUUAUUCCAUGUUCUUCUUUCUCUUUAAUAUUUUUCGGAAUGCACAACAACAACAACUAUAACACAACGAAUGGAAUAAAUACUAAAGACUGUCGUGAAGUUUAAGGCGGUUGAAAAAAAAAACUGCACGUAUUGCAUAUUAGUAGCGGCAACUAACGGUAAAGCCUCUGUAGCGGCAGCGCAGUGGCAGCGCAGUUGCUGAAUGCGCGAAAUACCACACAACACACUCUCACAUUGUGAAUUAAACGCAUUGUAACACUGUAAUCGUAUUAAGAGAACCGAACUGAGAAUUCAAUCACGCGCUUCAAUAUGUGUAAUAGUAACGGUAGAUUGCAACGCGUGCGUGCCAACGUGGAACGCAAUGAAACGCAAUGGAACUGUUGCAAUGCACGAUAAUGCGGCAACAACAGCAACAACCAACAACAACAACAACAGCAGCAGCAGCAACAAUCGUAUGAAUAACAUGUUCGUGCACGUAUCGAAAAUGUUUGCGACUUACAUUGAAAAUGCAUCGUUUUCUUAACAUACAACAAAAUAUUAAAUUACGCAACUAUCAUCAGUUACUUUUGUAUUUUGUUGUUGCUGUUCUCUGGGCUCUCACUGCUGCUGGAAGAGAGAGAAGAAUCGUGAGAGGAAUUGUUGUUGUUAACGAGCGUUUGUGGCGGGAGCAGCAGAAGCAGCGCAGUCGGUGCACAACGUAGAGAAGAGAAGAGUGAUCGAGAAGACAGCCAGUGAGAAAGCGGAGAGAGUAACGUAGAAAAAGAGAGAGAGAGAGAGAGAGCCUCUUCGAGUGAAUGAGAGAUAGCGAAAGAACGAGAUUCGUAAAGUUGUUGAAACGCAUAACGCAUCAAAUCAUAAACCCAACGCUGCCACUGUUCCUAAGAUAACGAACCGUAACGUAACCGUAAAAGCAAACCGUAACGUCAACGUAAAAACGAAUAUAUAAAAGAAACCAUAACUUUCGCCUCUACACUGCUCCUAUGCCAAUUUUUCGAUGCAUUCAUCAUCCAUUUAACGUUAUGCAUUAUUCACACUCAUGCUCCCAUUAAAUUGACACUGCGCAUAAAUUUAAAAACAACAGCAACUAGUACCAGAGCAUUACGUAACGUGAACGUAAACCUCAAGUUGUUGUUUCCGAAACACCUGUACACACACGCACCCACACACGCAACAUACACAGCAUACACAAAAUCAGGAAAAGGCGCCCGAGAGACUUUUGCCGUUUGAGGUGGCAAAGGAAAUAUGGCAACACCUCAAGUCAAGGACUUGGUGUUGCGUUCGCCCGCUGGCUCAUCCGAUGUCAUCACCUUCGCUUGGCCCCUACAAAUUGGACAUGGACAAGAUAAGCAUGACAAUGGCAUCGACAUCAUUGAUACCAUCAAAUUUGUCUGCGAUGAGCUGCCAUCCAUUUCAUCCGCAUUCGAAGAGAUUAAUCUCAAUCAAAUUGACACUGCCUGCUAUAAGACUAUGACAAAUCUUGUCGAUCGAUUCAACAAGGCUGUCGACAGUAUUGUUGCAUUGGAAAAAGGAACUUCACUGCCCGCCGAGCGUUUGAAUAAGUUCGCUCACCCUAGCCUUCUAAGACAUAUACUGCAAUUAGUUUACAAUGCUGCCGUACUUGAUCCGGACAAGCUCAACCAAUACGAGCCCUUCUCGCCGGAGGUCUACGGCGAAACCUCAUACGAACUGGUACAACAAAUGACAAAGCAUGUUACCGUCAGCACGGAUGACACGUUCAUUGAUCUCGGUUCCGGUGUGGGGCAGGUGGUGCUCCAAAUGGCCGGUUCCUUUCCGCUUAAAACAUGCAUUGGCAUCGAGAAAGCGGAUACGCCCGCUCGAUAUGCGGUACGCAUGGACGCCUUCUUUCGCCAAUAUAUGGGCUGGUUUGGCAAGCGGUAUUGCGAGUACAAAUUAAUACGAGGAGAUUUUCUGGUCGAUGAGCAUCGCGAGAAGAUCACCUCAUCGACGUUGGUGUUUGUGAAUAAUUUCGCCUUUGGUCCCACUGUCGAUCAUCAGCUGAAGGAGCGUUUUGCGGACUUGCGUGAUGGCGCACGUGUUGUCUCAUCCAAGUCCUUUUGUCCGCUCAAUUUUCGCAUAACGGACAGAAACCUCAGCGACAUUGGCACCAUCAUGCAUGUAAGCGAAAUACCACCGCUUAAGGGUUCCGUCUCGUGGACGUGUAAGCCCGUAUCGUAUUACUUGCAUGUUAUCGAUCGCACCAUAUUGGAGCGCUAUUUUCAGCGCCUGAAGACGAAGGGCGGUGACCACGAGCAUGUGGGCACCGUCCGCACCACCCGAGAUCGUGCCAAACGUGAGGCGAACAUCGUUCACAACAACAACAAUCAUCAUAAUAAUAACUCGAAUUCGCGUACACAAUCGCCAGCAAAUGUUACGUCCGGAUUAACUGCAGGAGCAGGAGCAGGAGCCGCCUCCAAGACGCGUCAACAGGCCGCAACGGCUCAACAGCAACGCAGCCUGGACAUGGAUACCUCAACCGAAAGCGAUGGUGACGCCACAAAUGGUGGUGGCACCACCACCACAACAACAACCACAACCAAUUCGAAUGGGCCAAUGACGCGUAAAGUGUGGUCGGAUUGGUGCAGCUCCAAAGGGAAGAGCUCCCAGUCGGAUGACGAGGAGAACAAUAACACCACCACUAGCAACAACCAGACGACUGUGGUGCGAAAUGUACGCGGAGCAGCCACUCAGAAGAAACGCAAGAAGCUUACACGAAAGGCGGCGAUUGCGAACAAAUCGGCGGCUGCCGCUGCGCAACGUGAAGCGGAACGCGAAGUGGCCACACCAACCACCGCUUCGGCAUCGGCUGCCAACAGUAAAGAGUCGUCAUCGAAGGAGGAUAAUGGCAGCAGUGUUUCAACAAUGCGGGGACCUGGUCCCGGUCGUAAGGGUCGCAUGAAGAAGGGUGCACGUGGUCGCAAAUCUCUGAAAAUUGUUGGUCUUGAUGCUCUCCAUAAGCAGACAGUGCUGAGUACAGCGCAUGAUGUGAUGACAAAGAAGUUGCCCGCAGCACCCGGAACUGUAGAUCAACAAUUGACAUCUCUGCUCACAGAGAAUAUGUCGCACACAGAACUAGAGAUUCCGGCAGCUCCCCAUACACCCUAUGCUCUGCAAAUCCUACUCGAUGUGUUCCGCUCCCAAUACAUGGCCAUGAUGGAGCACAUGAAGUCGAGUGCAUUUGUGCCGCAGGUUCAAAAACAAAUCGCCCAGGAGCAAGAGCGUAAGGCGCGUCUGAAGAAUCGUGCCAGCCAGCUGGAUAAACAGAUACGGGUGCUCAUCGAUGACAGUGUGGCGCUGCUCAAGGUUCGAAUGAAUGAGCUCUCCAUAAAUGUUUCCUCGCCCAAUGAUCUCAUUGCCAAGGCCAAGGAGAUUGUGAGCAGGCACAAGGACUUGCAACAUGCUGCAAGCAAAAUCCGGAAUGAGGUCACUCACUAUGAGUCGGAGCAGCAACAUUUGCUGAGUUUACGUCUUAAGCAUUUGCCAGAAUAUCAGAAAAUGUGCGGGGGUCUGGCUAAUGGCAAAGUAAAGCUAGAGCUGCCCAAUGAGUUGUCCGAGUCGUCGGCUCAGGAGUUGGUACUCAAAGAAAUAGCCAACACGCUGACACAAAGGAAGAAGCUUUAUGCCCAAGUGUCCUCCAUCGAACAGGAGACAGAUGUGCUGCAGAAGUCCGCAGAGGAGAGAAGAACGGCGGCAGCACUGCUCGCCCAAGGCACCAACAUUACGCUGGCCUCAACAUCCAAUGCAUCGGGUACCACCGCAGGCCCGCAGCAACCACUGCAGCUAACCACAAACCACAGCAACUCAGUCGGUUCAACAUCAUCAUCGAUCACAAGUCAUAACUCUGUGCCAAACAGCCCCUCCACCGUUAGCAAUUCGAAGGCGAGUGCCAAGCAUGCUCGUCGCAGUCGUGAGAAUCGCGCACGCUCCCAGGAAUGGCCUGAAGUGCCAGAUAUGGGAAAAAUCGAGGAGAGCAAUCCCGAGGUGUUGGCGCAAAAGAUUCUGGAGACUGGGCGUCAGAUAGAAGCUGGCAAAUUUCAGCAACCACUCAACAAUUACAUUAACGGUGGUGCUUCAAAGAACUUGCCACCUAUUACGCCCUUGGAGGAAAAGCAGCAGAGAUCUCUGGGCAAGGGUUCAAUGCCUGCCAUUUCGGUUUACAUGCAACCGGCGCAGGACAGCACAUUAAUGCCUGCACCUAAACAACAACAACAACCACAGCAGCAGCAGCAGCCAUCAGCAGUGGUGCCAGGACGUGUGAGUGGUAGCUUGCUGCCAAAAUGCGAGCUACCCGGCCUGGGACGCAAGCAAAGUUCUAUGACCAAUGCAACGUGUCCGAGCAUUCAAGAAUCCCCCAAAGUGGCGAACUUUGAGGAUCGCCUUAAGAGCAUCAUAACCUCGGCGCUGAAUGAGGAUCAGGAGCAGCGCAGCAAGGCGGUGGUAGCGCCACAGCCAUCCUCAUCAUUGCAUGAGCCGCCGCCGACGAAUUCGCCGUUGCAAUCGCCAGCACCAAAGCGCAGUAAACAUGCCGUUAAUCAGGCGAAUCAUUUACCGCCACCGGUGGUGCCCAGCAGUGCCGCCUGUCAAGUGCCAAACAAUCUGCACAACAUAAUUACAGUCUCCACACAGGGCCUGAUGCAUUUGAAUGCCAAUACGACCAUAUCGCCGAUAACACCACCGCUGCCCGCAAAUGCAGGUGGUGGUGCUGUAGCGGCUGCAGCAUCAGCGGCCCCGGCACCCGCCGGCUUACCUCCAAAUCCAGCCAAUGGUAGUUUACCUUAUGGCAGCGCCUAUGCUGGCAAGUAUCAGAGUGGUGCAGGCAAGCAAACCACAAUUGGCAAAUAUGGAGCAGUCAAAGAGUCGAUCAAGUACGCACCACAACAACCACAGCUCCAGCAGAUCCACAAUCAUCAUCAGACGACGCCAACAACAGUGGCAACACCCCACAGUCAAGCACCGCCACAACCACCACCCACACACCUAUCGCACUUAUCGCCAGCGGCUCUGUAUGCUGUAGCCGCCGCAUCCAAUGCACCACCCACUCCCACGGAUCCCAUGAACUACCAUCGUCGUCGCAGCUCCGUUAGUGCCAACAGUUACGAGCACUUCAUGGUUCAACAGCAGCAGACCCAGCAGCAGCAUGCCCUUAUGAUGGCAGCGGCGGCGCAUGUGGCGCAGCGUCAGCAGCAACGAGAGCGGGAGCGGGAACAGGAGCACGUGCACCACCAGCAGCAUCAGCAUCCGGCAGCUGGGGGCUUACCAUCAACUCUUCAGCAGCAGCAUCAUCACCAUCAGGCGCAGCUCCUGCCGGCUCAUCAUGCACCAUUGGAGUUUAAGGCGCCCGCUGAGAACCUAAUGCCACGCUCGGGUAGUCGCGAACAAUUAGAUUUGGAACUAUUGCCGCGUUCCAGUUCGGCGCAUUCGGAUUAUGCUGGUGCCGGUUCGGGUUAUGCGCCCACACGUGAGCGUCUGCUCACGCACGAGCGCAGCGUUAGUCGAGAGUCGGCAUCGCUUCAUCCAAGUGGUGGUGGCAAUCUGCGUCCGCCAAGUCGACCGGAUUCGAACUCUUCGCAGCCAGACUACACACAAGUAUCACCGGCAAAGAUGGCGCUACGUCGCCAUCUGUCGCAGGAGAAGCUCAAUCAGCAUGGACAUGGACCGCAGCCAACGCCCCCACCAGCGGGCGGUUCACUGCCCCUGUCCAGCAAGACAAUUGGAGAUCUGGUGAAUGGGGAAAUUGAACGUACGCUCGAGAUCUCGCAUCAGAGCAUCAUUAAUGCCGCUGUCAAUAUGAGCACUAUGGGUGCUGUGGAUCGUCAUGGUGUUGUCGGUGCCAGUGGUGGGGGUGGUGCUGGAAACGUCAAUAACAGCAGUGCUUAUGUCAUGGAGCGGGCCUUUUUGGCCGAACGCGAGCGUGAACGUGAACGCGAAAGGGAGCGGGAACGGGAACGGUCCAAUGAGCGAUUGCUCAUCAAUCUGAAUGCUCAACGGCCGGAGCGCGUGCAUGUGCGUCCACUGACCGAGGAGCCACAGCCGACAAACUAUAGUCAAGCGGUGGCUAGCGGUGCUGAACGUAAAUCGCCGUAUCAAAACAAUCUGGCAACCCUAGCCCAUGUGGCCUACAAUCAGAAGGUGGACCCCAAACAGCAACAGCACCACCAACUGCCACAACAACAGCAGCAGCAGCAGCAGCAGCAACAACAGCCGAGCACCACAUCGCUCUCCCGGUCCAGCAGUUCUCGUAGCGGCGACCAUGCCCCAUAUCAAGCACGCGCCUCACCUGCCUCCCGAUCUGUCAAUUCCCGGGACUAUCAACCCGUAGCAUUGCCUCGCGCCGAAAUGAAGAACUGCAUCGAGUCCUACUUCCACGAGGAGCAGCAACAGCAGCAAAAAUCUAAGGCCACCGGUGGUGCUAAUUUGCGGACACCACGCAUGAACGGCGCAAAUCCGCCACUAGAAGGGCUCGCCGCUUCGUUGCAGGAUCACGUACGAGCUCGCAAGUACAAGGAGGAGAAUGAGGAACGACAGCGACGUGCGGCCGCGGCCGCAGUGGUGCUGCAGACGCCUGCAGAUAUGGCGCACUAUGCCCAACAGCAGGCACCACCGCCGCCACCGCCACAGCAGCAACAGCAAGCACAUCAACUGACAGCUGCUCAUUAUCAUCAACAUGCACCAAAUCUGAAUGGGACGCCGCACAAAGUGGAGCUGGGUGUGAAGCGCAGCUCGCCACUGGCGUCGCAUCAACAGCCACGUCCCUCCAAGAUGCCACACUAUGAACCGCAACAGCAACCACACCACAUGCACCCUUCGUCGAAUCCCUAUGCCAACAGCAAUGGUGGUUUGCCACUCCCGGGUCCGGGCGUUCAUCAUAUUUCACAUCCCUUGCAUGCUACCUCCUCGCCCUCACCCACGCCGUCGUCUUCGAUGUCGUCGGGCGGUGGUCGACGCAGCAACAACAACAAUAACAAAUUGUUGGUUGAACCACUGCUGAUGAGUCCCGAAAUCAAUUCGCUUAUGGGUGAUGAGCGGCCUCUACAUUUGUCCAAUUCACGUCCCCAUUCCAAUAGCAGCCACCACGGUCAGCCGCCAAUGGCGCAUCAUCAUCAGCAGCAACAGCAGCAGCAGCCACCGCAGGUGGCGCACUUGCAGCGACCAACGCAACAACAGCAUCAGCAACAUCAGACCAGCACGACGCCCACCAUGGUGGGAGUGCGCGCCAAUGCCGCCGAUGAUGACGAUGUGAUUGCUGCGGACGAUGAAUCCCAUUGGCAACAUCGCGUGAGCUCAGGCUUUGAUCGUCUGGUGGCCUUCGCCUCCACUGAGCUAGACAAGACACGGCGCUCCAUUGACGGCGACACCGUGCCCGCCUCCAUCAGCUGCAACACCUCCCCGGAUUCGGGCAUUACCCACAGCAGCAGCAACUCGGAUGCCGCACGCACCUUUUUGUCCACUUCUUCGACCUCCUCCCAGCUGGACUUGCCCAUCAGCAGCGGUGGCAGCAGCAGCAGCUCCAGUCUCUACAGUCACGCCGGCAGCAACCACUUAAGCCAUCUUCAUCAUCACCAGCAACAACAGCUGCAAUCUGGACAAUCUGGACAGCUUCAGUCCGGACAGCAGCAGCAGGCGCAGCACUCGAUGAGCAUCGAUCAUUUGAGCGACAGCAGCAUGAAGUCGACCACCUCCUCAUCGCUGCAUGCGGGCAGCAAUUCUCUGAAGACAGUCUCGCCGGUCGAUCCCAGUGCAAUUGAAUCGCCGCCACUAUCCGAUAUUGGGCUGCCCAGGACACCGAGUCCAACGGCCGCAGUGGCGACGCCUCCCCCACCUGUGCUGGCGCAGGAAGCUGCACUCAAAAUACCAUUGAAGUAUCAGCGUAAGUCGAAGAGCAGUUCUGAGAAGCAUUACAAGAAAAAGUUCUGCGAACGGAAUUGGGAAUACGAUUGCGAUGAACUUCUUGCCUACUCGAAUUCGAGUGCGCCACCCACGGCCGCCGAUGCUGCUGGUAACGGGGGCAGUCAUGAGUUGGGCAGUGCUGCCACCUCCAAUAAUCCACUCUCCAGUGGUGGGAAGUCUGGCAAGUCCCCAAAAGAGAAAUCACCACACCAGAGCCAAUCCGCCAGCUAUCAGCAACAGCAGCACCAUCAUCACAAGUCGUCCAAGUUUAGGCCCAAAGGCAAAGAUUGGGAUUGGUCACUGGAUAGCAAGAGCAAUACUGGGGAUGUAUCGUUGCCGCCACCUCCGGCAAAUGGCGCCAGCAACGCAAACACAACGACUAAUUAGUUGUAUUCAAAUUAUAACUUAGUUAAAUUGCUGAAGAAUACGAUGUAAAGGGCCCCCAUAAAAGCAAACACAAUAUUGUAGUGGGUUAAGAAAUUGUAAAGAGCGGGCAAUGAGGUUUCACUGCUGAUUGGGGGAUUUUGAUUCCGAAACAGAAAUUGAUUUGUGAGAUUUUUACACUUUUGUGAUUUUCUACAGACAUUUUUUGAAUCAAUUUUUAACGAAUUAAUAAUACUAAAUUUCCCCUAAUAUAAAAUAUUAGGUCUGUUUUCGUACCCAAGUUCUUUCGAAAAGGCGAAAUUUGAAUUAGCAAACGACAAAUUUUAAACUUGCUGCGCAGCUUCACUAUCGACUAUUUAAGCCAAUUUGUUCAAUCAUUUGACCGAAUUUGCGUAAUUUCCAAUUCCGAUUUCUCAUAUUUUCUAAGAAUUCGGGGACGGUAACAGACCUGUAUAUUAAUUUUUUUUAAAGCUACGAGUAUCCACUUCAUUUAAAGAAAUAACAGUGCCGCGGCUCAAUGAGCUGGUUCGGAAGUCACCGUUCCCCAUAGUGCGGAUUGAGUAUAAAGUUUGCCUGCUCUUCCUCUCUCUCUCCCGCUGUUAAAAUUGAACAGCAUGUUAAGAGUGUUUAUAGACAGCUUUAACAGUGACUCGCCAUUAUGUUCUUUUACUUCGACCAUAUUUUUGUUGUUGCAACCGCCCCCCAACGCCACACCACGUAAUGUUUCUGCUCAGUUUUAGUCUGUUUUGUUUAUUUUUCAAAUUAAUACUUUAGUUUACAUUAAUUUUAACUAAAUGAAUUGUGUUUAUAUUUAAGUAACUUAUUCUAUAUAUGCUUUUGUGUGCAGUUCUAUUUACAAGAGAAAGUUUCUGUUUUAAGUUAUAUAGUUGCAUUUUUUAACUGAUUAAUCUGUAUGUACUAUACAUAUGUAAUGUAUUUAGUUAGAUAGUUAGUAAGGCACCAAUUGCUGAUGAACAAUGUUACUGAUUUCCCUGCGACCAUUAUUAUUAUUAUUUAUAAUUUUUAUGUAUUUUAUUGUUUAAUUUAAAUUAAAAGUUUUAUUAUUGCGUUUUUUCAAAUCAUAUAUAUAUGGAUAUGUUUUUUAACCUAAUUAGCGAAUUCAAAAUCGCGUGUUUUCUUAUAAUUUUUUAAAAUAAAUUGUAAACUAAUUGACAGA